UUCCACCCACUUCCCCCAAACCGAACAUCUCUCUCUCGAUCUCUCGACUGAGUGAUCAGUUAUGGCUACUGCGGUAAUGAGAAAAACCCUAAAAUCAGUAAACCCAUUUGUUCUCAGAAUCCUAACGUCUCAAAACUGCUUCCUCGGCUCCCUCGCCACUGCCGGAGAACCCGAACCCGACGGCCCGUCUUCGUCCUCCUUCUCCUUCUCAUCCGACGUUGGACUUCAAGAUGGUCAGAAAAAGAAUGAUAAUAUCUACGUUAAAGCCCACGAAAAGACGCCGUCAUCAUCAGUGACCAUGCCCAUGGCGUUCAUGACUGGAUCGAUCGUAGGCAAAAGGUUCUACAAGCAAGUGACUACUAGAGAGGCCGACGAUGGUAACGGUUGGUCUGUCAUGCUAGAUUAUAAAACCUUAAAGACCCCUUCGAAAAGGCCUCUCAAGUGUCCUACUUUAGCUCUUGCUAAGGCUAUUGCAGCUGAAUGGGAGUACCAGCAAAUAGAUGGAAUCAGACCAUUUACAAUGCCUCUGAUGAAACUUGCUUGUACUGCUUUGGAAAGAGUUCCACUCACUCGUCCAAAAAUAAUUGAGCAUCUUAUGAAGAAGUUUCAUCAAGAUUUAGUAUUCUGCCGUGCUCCAGGAGAUAAUGACUGGACAAGGGGUGUCCUUGAACGGCAAGUGGAGAAAGUUGAUCCUAUACUUGAUUGGGUACAAUCAGAAUUCGGCUACAAACCUGUUGUUUACUCCAGUUUCUUUGGUGGCAAGCAGGCGGAUGGUCUUGUAAAUGCCGUAGAAAGCCUUCUUAAAAAGACUGAUGAUUGUGAACUGGCAGCAAUUGAUGCAAUUGCGGCAGCUGCACAUUCUUUAGUUAUUUCGGUUGCAAUCUUCCGUGGGAGAUUGGAGAUUGAGGAGGCAAUUGAGUUAGUUAGACUUGAGGAAGAUUUACAGGUUGACCGGUGGGGUCUGGUUGAAGGUGGACAUGAUAUUGAUAUUGCUGAACUUAGAGUACAAAUCUCAUCUGCUGCUGUGUUCCUUGGACUCUCAAGAAGGUUUUGAAUUUCUGUGUAUCUGUUGCUGCAAAUAAAGUGAAAGCCUGAGAUCUAGCUAGCUUUUUCAGUUGGCUUUUAUAUAUGCUUGUUUCUAUUACAUAACAUUCAUUCUCUUGCAAUGCUGGAGAUUUUGUGUACUCAUAAACUAGAUGAAGUUAAUCAAGUGAUCAAUAUCAAUGGAAUUUGUUUUUAUUAGUGUCAGAUGUGUACACACCAAUGUAUUAUUGUAAGGACUAUAAUGUUGGAAAGCUAGAGUUGUAAACCAAAGUAGAUGCAAGUUGUUGGAACUACUGACGAUGUCAGUCGUGCAAGUAUGGAGGCUAUAUUACAGUAUUCGGUUGUGCUGCUUCUUUUAUCCGGAAUAUUACAAGUUUGGUAUAACAACUACAAGC